AUGGCAACCAUUACGCAAAAUCAGCAAAGGACGGACUCCGAAAUGCAGGACAUAAGGAAUCAGAUAAGUCAAAUGGCUACUACCAUCAACCGUUUGGAUUCCCAGAACCAAGGUAAAUUGCCGUUUCAGCCUGAAUUAAAUCCGAAGAACGUGAGCGCAAUAACCCUAAGGAGCGGGAAGAAAAUUCAAGGGCCUGAACCUGUGAUCCCUAAGGGUAAGGAUGAGGAAAAGAUCGAAAAUGAACUUGAGAGGGAGGACAGCAAUGGUGCUGGUCCAAAGGUACUUCCAGACCCAAUAAUUACAGUUAAAACUAACCCGCCUCCUUUUCCUAGCAGGUUAGAAAAAUCGAAGAAGCAGGAUAUGGAGAAGGAGAUUUUGGAGGUUUUUCGCAAGGUUGAGAUAAAUAUCCCCCUGCUGCAAGCUUUUUUCUUUCCUGACCUGCGCCUAGGGGAUAUGGCUGUUGCUUUAGCUGUGGGAAGCUCAGUCCUCUCGGCUUUCCUUCAAGUUGUAUUUGAUAGGAUGGCUACAAAAGAGUUAGUGAAUCUAUUUCGGGCAAGAAAGAAUGAUGAAGAACUCCUCGAGAAACUCAAACUGAACUUACAAAUAGUUGGAGGUGUGCUUAAUGAUGCAGAGAACAAGCAAACAGGAAACCGAUCUGUCAAAGGAUGGAUGGAUAAGCUUCAUGACACUAUUUACGAGGCAGAUGACUUGCUUGAUGAGAUCAACACUGAGGCACUACGACUGAAGGUUGAAGAAGCUGAAUACCAUGGCUCAACCAGUCAGGUAAGUGCUUCCACUUACAGCUCAUCUUCCUGUAAUGAUUUCCUUAAGAAGAAGAUGCAAGAGAUGGAAAAAAUGGUUGAUAAACUAGACUGGUUCAAACAACAAAUUGACGGCAUGAAUUUGCGAUUUGUUGAACAAAAAAGGCAAUCCUGUCAAACACCUUCUACUUCUUUGGUUGACGAGACCACUGUGUAUGGUAGAGAUGCUGAUAAAGAGAAGAUAAUUGAUAUGCUGCUAUCUGAGAGUGCAAAUGGAGUCAAUGACAGUGUGAUUCCAUUAGUUGGCCUUGGGGGAAUUGGUAAGACCACUCUUGCUCAAUUGGUUUACAAUGAUGAGAGGGUGCAAGAACAAUUUUCUACAAAAGCAUGGGUUUGCGUAUCAGAAGAUUAUAAUACUACCAGGAUAACAAAAGAACUCCUUGAGGGGUUCGAUAUUCGACUUUCUGGUGCGAGCAAGAAUUUGGAUUCCCUUCAAGUGCAGCUACAAUUGGGGCUAACUGGCAAAAAGUUUCUUCUUGUUUUAGACGAUUAUUGGAAUCGGGACUUUCAUGACUGGGAUAAAUUAAAGGUGCUGUUCAAAGGUGGAUUGCAAGGAAGUACGAUCAUUGUGACAACCCGUCAUAAGGACAUUGCAAUGAUGAUGGCUAAAGAAGAGUCUAUCCAUGAAUUGGGUGUGAUACCGAAGAAAUAUCGUUGGUCCUUAUUUGAAAAGUAUGUUGGAAAUCAAAGUCCAGAGCAUAGAAAGAUAGGAAAGAAAAUUGUGAAGAAGUGUAAAGGGCUGCCUUUGGCGGUGAAAACAAUUGCAGGUUCCUUGAGAUCAAAAACAAAUAUCGAAGAGUGGGAAGGUAUUUUAUCAAGUGACAUAUGGACUCAGACAGUCGAAAAAGAUGGCAUCCUGCCAGCGUUAAGAUUGAGCUACAGUGAUCUUCCAUCUCAUCUUAAAAGGUGCUUUGCCUGUUGUGCUAUAUUUCAUAAGGGUUACAAGUUUAGCAAAGAGGAAAUAAUUCAUUUAUGGCAAGCAAAUGACCUUUUGGAGCCUCCUGGAGAAAACAGAGGAAUUGAACAAAUCGGUGAAGAGUACUUACGUGAGUUGAGGUUUCGGUCCUUACUUGAGCAGUCAACCGACGGUUUGUUUUUGAUGCACGACCUUGUCAAUGACUUGGCUAGCGCUGUUUCUGGAAGGUACUGUUCCAGGCUGGAAGAUACUGACCUGGAACAUGGUAAAAUAGGCAGCAUAAGUUACUUUUCAUACCAUCCUAGUUUUUAUGACACAUUUAAUAAAUUUGAACUCUUGAGGGAGACCAAGAACUUGAGAACAUUUUUACCAUUAUGUAAACUACAUUACCAAAAAAAAUUGAGCCACAAAUUUUUGCAUGAAAUGUUGCCCAAAUUCAGGUCCUUAAGGUUUCUGUCGUUGUUGUCCUAUGAAAUCCAUAAGUUGCCCGACUCAAUUAGUGAUUUGAAACACCUUCGUUUUCUGAAUCUCUCUUCUACUCUUUUGAAAACCCUACCGGAGUGCAUCUGCACCUUAUAUAACCUCCAAACAUUGUUGUUGUCAGAUUGUAAGACACUUGCAAAGUUGCCGGCUCACAUUUCAAAGCUAGAAAAUGUUUCCAAUUGGUGGAGAUGCACGACGGCGAAUCUAAAGGGCAAGGAACACCUUGAAGAGUUAACUUUGGAGUGGAACGGUGCUGUCAAUGAUUCACAAGCUGUGAGAGAUGUGCUUGAUAAUUUACAACCUCAUUCAAGCAUAAAGCAUCUCAAGAUCAUAGGGUAUGGCGGGACAAGAUUUCCAAAGUGGCUAGGCAACUCUUCGUUAAGCCGUUUGGAAUCGCUGAGUCUUUCUAAUUGUGGAUAUUGUUACUCCUUGCCUGCACUUGGGCAGCUAAGGUUCUUGCAAUCAGUUGAAAUUUUUGGAAUGCAUCAUAUAUCAGUCUUGACACAGGAUUUCUAUGGAGAUGUCAGUGCAACCAAACCAUUCAUAUCUCUGAAAAAGUUGAGAUUCGAGAAGUUGCCAGAGUGGAAGAGAUGGCAUAUACCAGAAGGUGAAGUCUUCAAUAGACUUGAAGAACUCAGUAUAAUUGAUUGUCCCAAACUGAUUGGAGAACUUCCCCAACAAUUUCCAUCACUGCAAAGCCUUGAGAUAUCUGGCUGCGGCAAUCUUGUGCGUCCCAAUGGUCAAUUGAGCAUCCUGAAUGGAGAGAAUCAACAAAAUUUUUCAUCUCUUCGUCAAUUGAAGAUUUCAGAGCUAGAAAAUUUGAAAGAGUUGCCCCUACAGCUCAACCAAUUAUCCAGGCUUGAGGAAUUGAAUAUUUCAAAGCUAGAAAAUUUGGAAGAGCUGCCCCUACAGCUCAACCAAUUAUCCCGACUUGAGAAACUGACGAUUAGUGAUUGUCGGUCUCUCUCACCCUCGCACGUACUGCACGAGUAUUGA